AUGUCGCUCGUCUGCGCAGUUUCGGCAUUCGAUGGUCUUCAAUCAGCAUCCGAUGCCGUGUUCAAAAGUUGCACAGAAGGCAGAGAUGCUAUUUACGCUGAUGGGUGGAAAGGAUGGCCAGAGGAUGCAAAUCAGGAGGAUUUCUUGACUUGGUUUGCAGAUCUGAGCGAAAUGCUGGCCAAACUCUCGAAAGACUACAAUCCAAAUUCGACGCAUAUGCGAAGGCCACUAGCACAGCCCAACAAGCCUAUUCAAGGCUCUACAGCAGAGCGCAAACUGGAUAUUGGCUUCGUGAGUGACACUAACGCGGGCAAGGAUACCCGAUGUCAGUGGUCAGAGAUCCUCGUGCCUGGAGAGCUGAAAACCAAUCCAUCUGCCGAUACCACUUCCAAGGCAUGGCUUGACUUGGGGAGGUACGCCAGGGAAGUCCUUGCAGCCCAAGAUACCCGUCGCUUUGUCUUAGGCUUUACUCUCUGUGGAUCUCUAGUGAGGGUAUGGGUCUUUGACCGCCUGGGAGGAGUCGCAUCCGAGCGUUUUGAUAUCAACGAGGAUGGUCUCCAGUUUGUGUCCACCAUUCUUGGUUUUCUAUGGAUGAGCGAGGCGGAAUGUGGAUUUGACCCUACAAUCAUCACGAAAGACGGCCGGCGAUUCAUCGAGAUAGAGCAGAAUGGGCAUGCCGAGCGCGUCGUCCUCGAGAAAUUGAUGAAACGAGCACCUUGCAUCGCGGGUCGAGCAACAACGUGUUGGAAAGCGCGUCGCGAAGAGGACCCUGAGGUUCCGCUCGUUGUCAAAGACUCUUGGCAAUACACAAAACGCGACGAAGAAGGCGAUCUCCUUCAAGAAGCCACGGAAAAAAGGGUGGGGAUUGACGAGAAGGUAGUGAAGAAUAUCUUGGAGAUUUGGAUGCGAUUGGUUGAUGAUGAUUUGAAAAAAGAUACAGAACUGCAGAAAAUGGGAAGAUACAAGGGAAUUUAA